UCUAAAUGUUCUUUAAAAUAAACGAAAAUCGUACCAAGUUUGUACACUUGUUUCCGUAUUAUGAAAUAUUUGUUUUACUUGGGUAAAAUAUGUGGGUACAAAAUGUGUGUUGUCACCGUCCGUACGGUAGCUACCGGCGCACUCAACUUCCGGUGUAUGAUCGUGUGUGGACGACGUGACUGACAUUGUAAAAUUACAUUUCUUUAACUGACAUUUUGUUCUACAAUGGCUAGAAAUUCGCACCAUUAUGAAUAAGGGAUAGUUCAUAAAAUAAAUUUAGCGUCGCUUUUAAACUGACAAUAUGAAUACAUAUCGUGUGUGUUUCACCUUGAGCCGUGUGUGCAAGGUGCCUGGGCAGCUUCCUCCCACUUUAGCCAAGCCGUUGUACCUCAACGAUCCACCGUCUACUUAUUGCAGAAGGUAUGCCCUAAAAGCAGCGGCAGCAUCUAAAGGAACUAAGCCAGUGUCUCAAGAUUUUAUCAAUGGGGAUGUCGUUUCAGAACAGAUUUCAGCAACCAAUACCUCAACUUUACGUCCAGAUGUGUCAGUACAGACUGUUGAUAUUGCAGACUCUGAACCAAUAUCUUUACAUUUCAAGCAUGCAGAACAGAUAGUGAAUGUAAAAGCAGGUAGCAUAGCCAGCGGUCUUACUCUGUUCAUCCCAAAGCGGAAUGAAGUCUUCAGUGUUCAUAUUCCUCCCUCUGAACAAGUAAUUCAUACAGUGCUCCAAGACAACACGAUUGUCCCAACAACUGCUCUGCGUGUGACUUCAGGAGUAGUACAGACAGACAUGACCAAUCCUGCCAAGAGGAUUGACUCCAUUGAAGAGCAUCAGUGGAAGGAGCAGGUACUAGAAUUUCGGAAACUUCCAGACUACUACCUGAGGCUAUCCAAAAUCCGACUUACUAGUCUUGUUGUCAUAACAACUAUGGCAGGAUAUGCAAUGGCUCCAGCUGCAUUUGAACCGACGACCUUUGUUCUCUGUACCAUUGGGACUGGACUGACAUCUUGCUGUGCAAACUCUAUCAACCAAUUCUUUGAAGUCCCAUAUGACUCACAAAUGAAUCGCACGAAGAACAGGGUUCUUGUUCGAGGACAAAUCAGUCCUCUUCAUGCAGUUACAUUUGCUGUGAUAUGUGGGGCAACUGGUCUGUCCAUCUUGGCUGUUGGAGUUAAUGGAGUGACAGCUCUACUUGGUGGCUUUAAUCUUGUUCUUUACACUCUGGUUUACACUCCUCUUAAGCGCAUCAGCAUUGUGAACACAUGGGUGGGAUCUGUGGUGGGGGCCAUCCCACCUAUGAUGGGCUGGGCUGCUGGCACAGGUGGACUUGAAACUGGAGCAUGGAUCUUAGCAGGUAUACUGUAUGCAUGGCAGUUCCCUCACUUCAAUGCUUUAAGCUGGAACUUACGUCCAGAAUACUCGCGGGCUGGCUAUCGCAUGAUGUCUGUUGUCAAUCCUGGACUGUGUAAGCGAGUGGCUCUGCGCUACAGCGUGGUCUCCACAGGAAUUUGCCUGGUUGCCCCUUUACUAGACCUUACCACCUGGACCUUUGCAGUGGACUCCCUACCUCUUAAUCUGUACCUGACCUAUCUGGGCUGGCAGUUUUAUCGACAUGGAGACAGUAAAAGUUCCAGAAAGUUGUUUCGCUUCAGCCUAAUACAUUUGCCAGCAUUACUGCUCUUGAUGUGGAUAAGCAGGAAGCAGUGGAAGUCUAAAUCUAACGAUGAUGAAAGUUUAAAGGUGGGAUCAAAAGCAACUGCAGCAUCAUAACCCAUUUCAUUUAGUAUUGAGUUUAUGCUUGUUAGAUAUAGCAAUAUCUUUGCAAUGACAGGAAACAUGAAAGGUUUAAAAUAGAUAUGAAGAAAAUAGUUUAAACUCUUGACUAAAGCAAAACUGAUGCAGAAUCUCUGAUUCAGGAAAAUAUAGGAAAGUGUUAUUUAUAUCUCAUGCAAUAAAACUGCAAGUCUAUGCAGCAGUGAUGAUGAGUUUUGCUCAAUGUUGAUACAAUCUAUAUUGUACAAUAAAAACCAUGUGGAUGCAAUGUAUUAGCAGAGUAACAAGAUCUCUUCUAUUCAUACUCAUGACAAUGCAGAGUUUAUAAUUGAUGGUUUGAAUUAUCAGUUGUGGAUUAGCACAUUAGCUUUUGUUAAGAGUGUAUGCUAUAUUCUUCUCUUUGCUGGCAGUAUUUUGAAUCAUUUUAAAUUGUACCUAAUUCAACAUAUUAAGGGCAGUCCUGGGUGCUGCCAGAAUGUAGUGUUUGGUAAGUCUAUUCUUUUAAGCAGGGGGAAUUGCACCAACCACCUAGAAGUAGGAAGCUAAAUGCUUUGCUGGAAAUGACAACAUGGAUGUGUGUGAUAAGCGUGCUUGAUGUAUCUCCAGAUGAAACAAAAGUCAGCAGAUCGAGGGUGAAGAUCACACCAACUUCCCCAGAUCGUAAAAUAUGUUGAAGUGGUGAGGUUAGAUAGGUUUGGCGUUUCAUGCUAAUCAGGUAAUCAAAGAAAUAUGCCAAAGUAAAUGGGGCUGUAAACGGGCAAAAGCAUAAUUCUGCAACCAAGCAACAAAUGUUAUUGCAGUUCUUAAAAACUUACCUCAUUUGUGACAAAAAUUGCUCCUGUUCUAUGGGUGUGUUUUGCAAGUUUGUAGAGUUUAUUUGAUGUGAAACUAAUGAGAAUGCAUAAAAAAAUGUAUUUUUUUCUCACAAAUAUACAGCAUGCUAAGCUUGGUAAGAACUUGAUAUCUAACAUGUUAUUGAAACUAUGCAAUAGGAUGCAUACUUAGUCACACCACAUCCAUGAUAGCUUCCUUGAACUUCUCUCCAUUUUUCUUGUUUCAUUCAUCAUAGCUCAGAUUUCAAAUUAAUGUAUUUUAAAAUUUGGCUGGCAUGUUUAAGCCAUAUUAUGAGAUAUACAAGAGACAGAAAUGUUCACUUUUUUAAUGUAUAAAAAAAAAGUUUUAGAUUUUUUUUCAUAAGGCAGAAAAUGUAUGAAAGAAUAAACUGUUCCAUCAAAGGAA